AUGCCUCUUAAGCGGACAAUCUGCUCUCCUAACCGACCUCAACGAGAGAUCCCAUCCUUUAUGAAACCAAGUGCCCUUCAGGAUAUUCUGGAACAUAAUAUACUUGUCGACUUUUUCUUCUGGCCCAACUUCCGAGACCACCUCAUCCUCACGGGUUGGAGUUAUGCAGAGGAACAACACGCUAGAGAUUUUGUGACUCGCAUACGCUUCUGCUGGGACUACGAGUUCCGUGACAUCUACCGGAAAAACAAAUCAACUGGACAUUACUCGUUUUCACAAGAAUUCAACAAUACAUAUAAUGAUCUGCACAACUGGGAAAUGCCACCCAGCAGCUCAUUGCCUUUUGAUGUAUCGGUGUUUUCAGCUUCUACAAAGCCACCGAAUUCUUCCAUAGUCCCAUCUCACCCAGUUGCAGUUGCGAGCGAGCGAGGAUACAUGACGAAUUGCGGUAUGCCUGACGGCACAAUUAACCCGGUGCUUCUUUGA